AUGAAGGCACGGUUGGGUUGAUAAGACUUCCUCGUGGAUCAUUUCUAUCACAUUACCCCCGACACAGGGACAAAAUCGGUGGAAACAGGGAAAGUAAAUUGAAAUGAAGUUUGUUCAUCAUUCUGACUUGGAUAGAGUAGUGUUAUUACAUUCUAAAAGAGGCUAGCUAAUAUUACGGGACAGUACUGGAUUUUUAGCUAAAUAACUUUAGUGUUUCUAGCUAGAUAUUUUUUUGACUAACGUUUCUAGCUAUGGCAAUUGACAUAAUUGAUUGCAAAGUUUGUUUCAUACUAAUGACUUGCCCACUUUGGCAAUGUCAUCGUAUUUCCAGGCCUCUCACUAUCUGUCUCGUCAGAAAAUGUUAGCUACCUUAAUAAUGGUAACUAACAUUAGCCUGUUUACUGUUGUUCAAGCUGCAGUCAGAGUAAGUGUACCAAGGUAGCCUACUUGAUUUAGCUUACAUCUUGUCUUUUUUACAUUUCGGUUUUCUUUUGACUGUACAAAAUAAAAUGCUCAAAUUGACUAUUUGAAGAGUAUUUGUCAUUAGGUAUUAGAGCUAAAACGAACUGGCUUGUAUUUGGAUUUGUAGCUACUAGCUUGCCAGCCAGAAGAAAGCGAGAGGGUAGCUAUUAUUAUUAUUAUUAUUAUUAUUAUUAGCUAGCUAGAUAUCUCAUUAGGUGUAUGUUUACCUGUGAUAUCCUAAAAAAAAUAAUAAGCCAUCUGGCUGUUGAAUGCAAGAAUGAAUGUAUAACCCUUAUGAUAGGGUUACUACCUGCCCUCCAGGACACCUACACCACCCGAUGUCACAGGAAGGCCAAAAAGAUCAUCAAGGACAACAACCACCCGAGCCACUGCCUGUUCACCCCGCUAUCAUCCAGAAGGCGAGGUCAGUACAGGUGCAUCAAAGCUGGGACCGAGAGACUGAAUAACAGCUUCUAUCUCAAGGCCAUCAGACUGUUAAACAGCCACCACUAACAUUGAGUGGCUGCUGCCAACAUACUGACCCAACUCUGAUGUAAUCAAUUUAUCACUAGCCACUAGCCAUAAUGCUUACAUACCCUACAUUACAGAUCUCAUAUGCAUAUACUGUACGUUAUACCAUCUACUGCAUCUUGCCAUCUUGAUGUAAUUAAAUGUAUCACUUGCCACUGUAAACAAUGCCACUUUAUAUAAUGUUUUCAUACCCUACAUUACUCAUCUCAUAUGGUCACGCCCUGACCAUUAGAUAGCCUUUUUAUUCUCUAUUUUGGUUAGGUCGGGGUGUGACUAGGGUGGGUAAUCUAGGUUAUUUUAUUUCUAUGAUGGCCUGGUAUGGUUCCCAAUCGGAGGCAGCUGUUUAUCGUUGUCUUUGAUUGGGGAUCAUGUUUAGGCAGCCAUUUCCCCACUGUGUUUUGUGGGAUCUUGUUUUUGUGUUGUUGCCUGUGAGCACUCCAGAACGUCACGUUUCGGUUGUUCUUUAUUGUUUCACCUCAAUAAAUAUGUGGAACCCAUGUCACGCUGCGCUUUGGUCCGAAUGUUCUUACGACGAACGUGAGAGAAGAUCCCACCACUCCAGGACCAAGCAUCGUGCCCAGGAGGAGAAGAUAUCCUGGGCUUGGGAGGAAAUAAUGGGAGGACACGAAAGCCUUCCUUGGAAGCAGACGCAAGGAGAGAAGGGAAGACAGCGACGACGCCGGGGUUCGAGGCCACAACAUAAGCCCAAAAACAGCCCGCAAGUUUUUGGGGAGGGCACAUGGAGGUGGCGGCUGAGCAGAGGGAAGAGCCAGAGACCACGUGGGAUUCGAUGGAACAGUGUGAGGAGGGAUUACCAGAGAAUGGAGUUGGCUAGGAGUAUGCGGCAACUCAGGCGUUUGGAGGAACGUGUCAUCAGUUCAGUGAAACAUGGGCCGGCUUCAUGUUUCUGGUCUCCAGUGCGCCUUCCCAGUCCGGUAUGUCCUGUGUCUCCUCUGCGCACUCUCCCUGAAGUGCGUGUUCCCAGUCCGGUACGUUCUGUGUCUCCUCCUCGCACUUGCCCUGAAGUGUGUCACCAGUCCUGUACCACCUGUGCCGGCUCCACGCACUAGUCCUACAGUGCCCCUUCCCAGUCCGGUACAUCGUGUGCCCACUCCUCGCAGUGGCCCUGAAGUGCGUAUCACCAGUCCGGUGCCACCUGUGCCGGCUCCACGCACUAGGCCUCUGGUGCGCCUUCCCAGUCCGGUGCAUCCUGUGCCUGCUCUUCUCACUCGCCAUGAGGUGCGUAUCACCGGUCCGGAGCCACCUGUGCCGGCUCCAUGCACCAGGUUUCCGGCGACGGUCCCCAGUCCAGAGCUUCCGGCGACGGUCCCCAGUCCAGAGCUUCCGGCGACGGUCCCCAGUCCAGAGCUUCCGGCGACGGUCCCCAGUCCAGAGCUUCCGGCGACGGUCCCCAGUCCAGAGCUUCCGGCGACGGUCCCCAGUCCAGGGCUUCCGGCGACGGUCCCCAGUCCAGGGCUUCCGCGACGGUCCCCAGUCCAGAGCUUCCGGCGACGGUCCCCAGUCCAGGGCUUCCGGCGACGGUCCCCAGUCCAGGGCUUCCGGCGACGGUCCCCAGUCCAGAGCUUCCGGCGACGGUCCCCAGUCCAGGGCUUCCGGCGACGGUCCCCAGUCCAGGGCUUCCGGCGACGGUCCCCAGUCCAGGGCUUCCGGCGACGGUCCCCAGUCCAGAGCUACCGGCGACGGUCCCCAGUCCAGGGCUUCCGGCGACGGUCCCCAGUCCAGGGCUUCCGGCGACGGUCCCCAGUCCAGGGCUUCCGGCGACGGUCCCCAGUCCAGGGCUUCCGGCGACGGUCCCCAGUCCAGGGCUUCCGCGACGGUCCCCAGUCCAGAGCUUCCGGCGACGGUCCCCAGUCCAGAGCUUCCGGCGACGGUCCCCAGUCCAGAGCUUCCGGCGACGGUCCCCAGUCCAGAGCUUCCGGCGACGGUCCCCAGUCCAGAGCUUCCGGCGACGGUCCCCAGUCCAGAGCUUCCGGCGACGGUCCCCAGUCCAGAGCUUCCGGAGCUUCAUUUUUUUUUUGUGCAUAUAGAGUUGGGAGCACUGUAUCGGCAUCAUCGAGGGGAAGUCCCAAACAGGCCUGCUACUUCCUGGGCUUUCAAGAUGACAGCUUGAUUUACAUGGACCCUCAUUACUGCCAGUCUUUUGUGGAUGUCAGCACGAGCCAUUUCCCUCUGCAGUCAUAUCGUUGCUUGUCGCCAAAGAAGAUCCUAGUCCUGGAUACUUCUAGAGUAGAAGCCUAUGAGAGAAUCAGCCAAGAACUGUCCAAGGUAUUUCAGCCAUCAGUGAAGGACAAAUACCCAGCAUUCACUUCCAAGCAAGGUUUUGGAAGAGAUUACGACCUUUCGGCAGCAUUAACCCCGGAGAAAAAUGAAUGGCCCUUCAUCCACAACCCACGGACAUCGGCUGCCACUGCUGGAGACUUUUCUGCUGCUCUGAAGGCCGACGCCAAGGGCAAAGGUCAUGAUCAGAUACUUUUCAAUGGCCGGCGAAGUGACUUUACCAGACAGACUGAAACAGGCUUAUCCAAGGCCAGGACUCGUCCAACUGGACCUCUCAAGACCCCCUCUCAGACACUCCCUAUCCCCUAUGGAUCUGCUAGCUAUGAAACAAUUAUUUCAGACACCUAAAUGUAUUUAUUUAUCUUUCUCACACCAGCAUUCAUGGCUUAAUUAGCUAAACUUAAAAACAUUCAAACUGUUAUCCUGUACUGUAGAUAGUUGCUGUUAGUUUUGACUGCUCAAAUGUAAUCCGUAACAUUAGAAAAAAUAAUCAAACAUACCAGAAGUCUGUAUUAUGGAUAUGAAAUUGUACUUAGGGAUAUGCGCUCUACUGAAUCGUAUACGUUGUUGACACUGAUGGAGAAUCUGGUGCCUUGGCUUAUUGGAAGAGUGACUCUCAGCCAAAUAUAACACACAUUUACCUUUUAAGGAAAUCAGUGCUGCACUACAGAAGCCGCCAACGGGGAUCAUCAGAGGACGUGCAUGAGGAAGGAUAUAUCUGUGGUUCUAUAGCUGGGCCUGGUGAAGUGCUUGUAUAGGAGAGUGCCAUUCAUACACUACAGUUCGUUUUUUUUUUAGCAAUACUGAGAAAGUACUGGAGGUUUGGAUUGGUAAAAUGUUCUAGGUUGUUAUCACAUUUACCUUAGGAAGGAAAGUAUUAUGUUGCCAAAUCAUUUCAAGAUGUUUAGCAUUUUCUGAGGUAGGUUAUUCAAGCAUUUCUGAUUAUUGUCCUUGAAAAGGUACUUUGGUUCAUGACUUUUCUUUUUUUUUUUUCAUUUCAAAGCAAAUGAAAUGAGUCUAAGUGGAAGGUUUGUCAAUGUCACGGUCAAACACAUCUAUGUAGGUGUACAAUGCCUUGCUUCUCCUUGCACUUUCAUUACAAUUGCACUAGUUACACACUUCAAACACACUAUACUCACAUACUAACUGCAUUGUAAAGAUUGAAUCAUCUUGUUUAAAUGGUGACAGACAUUUGUAGAAUAAAUGUUUGUUUUUUUUAUGUGGGUUGAAGAUAAGGUUGAAUAUAUUUGAAAUGUUGUACGAUAAUGUUUGACUGUUUCAAAAUCAUCCCCUCGACUGUAAAUCUAUAAAGACAGCUACAUUCUACCAGUGCUGCCAAAUGUUUACGAAAUUCGUCUCUUUA